UCCUCUUCAGGUGUGAAACUUUCCUCCAAAAACAAACUGCAUUUUUAUUUCUGCCUGACCGGGAGAAUUUCAGUCUGAUCUGAAGAGAUGGGGAGCGCCGGCUGUACGCUGCUGGGACUUUUAACCUCAGUCGUCUUUUUUCAGGCCCUGACAUUAGUUCCCUGUGAGGCGGUGGCGUGUGUCCCGGGGUUUGAGGUGGAGAAGCUGAUUUUCAGAGUGUGCAGCAGGCAGCUGCACAGCCGCUGGACGCUGGGCAACGUGGGCUUCCAGGGCUGCUCAGCCCGCUUUGCUCUCAGCAGCAGCGACGGACGCUUCACGGUGGACGCCGACGGCACGCUGACGGUGAACGCUGAGCUGACUCUGCACACAGGACACCACGACUUCCUGAUCCACGCCGUCAGCUCCCAGAGCGACCAGGUGACCGUGCCCGCCAGGGUCAAGUACGACUGCAGCCAGCAGGAGUCCAGCAGCCAGGACGCCCCUGCUGGCAGCGCACAGAUUCCAGCCAAAUCAGAUGUUCCUGUUCUGUCCUUCCCCAAACCCUCUCAACAUCUGAGGAGGAGGAAGAGAGCCUGGGUCAUCCCUCCUAUUAAUUAUCCUGAAAAUGACAGAGGACCCUUCCCCAAAUUUAUGGUGCAGAUACGAUCUGAUGAAGAUAAAUUUAAGACAAUCAGGUACUCCAUCAGUGGAUCAGGAGUCGACCAGCCUCCUGUCGGCCUCUUCGCUGUGGACAGAGACAACGGGAAUCUGUACAUCACACAGCCGCUGGACAGAGAGAGACAGGACUCCUACUUGAUUGUAGCUCAUGCUGAGGCAGUCGGGUCAGGAGCUGUUGAGGAACUCAUGGAAAUCAGGGUGGUCGUCAUCGACAUGAAUGACAACGUACCCAUUUUCACCAAAGACACCUUCCUGGGAGACGCUCCCGAGGCCUCGCCUGUUGGUUUUGAGGUGAUUAAGGUCGAGGCCACAGAUUUGGAUGAACCUGGUAAUGCCAACUCAGAUAUUCGCUACAGAAUUCUGAGACAGGAUCCAGAGCUGCCCAACGGCAAUAUGUUUGCAAUCAACCCUGUGAGUGGAAUGAUCCGGGUCAACUCUGCUGGGCUGGACAGAGAGACAUGCAGGAAUUACACCUUGGAUGUGCAGGCUGCAGACCUAGAGGGACAUGGACAUUCAGGGCAGGCGAGGGUCAUCAUCUCCAUCUCCGACAGCAACGACCACGCCCCGGCCUUCAGCCAGUCCAAAUAUGAAGCGACGGUCCCAGAAAACAAAGUUGGAUUUCAUGUUGCUAAGAUGCUGGUAACCGACGGUGAUGAGCCCCAUUCUCGAGCCUGGAUCGCCAAGUUCACGAUUGUCAGCGGCGAUCCCGAUGAAUAUUUCACCGUGGAGUCAGGAGCCAAUCAAAACGAGGGCAUCAUCACCACUGCCAAGGGCCUGGACUUUGAGCGGGCCCGUCAGCACACCCUGCUGGUCGCAGUGGAAAAUGAUGUUCCCUUCGCCACCCAGCUGCCCACCGCCACCGCCACCGUGCUGGUGAAUGUGCAGGAUGUGGACGAAGCUCCGAUCCCCAACCCAGGUGUUGGAGGAGCGGCCUAAUGCUAAACCCAACUCCCACUGCCGCCGAGCCUGACCCCUACCGCCGCCCAACCCGACCACCACCAACGCUACCCAUUGCCUCUUAUCUCACCUUUGCAUUUCACUGUUUUGUGUUGCUUUUCAAAAAAAAUAGCAUGACUAUCAAAGUUAUUAUUGUUCUGAAUUUUUCAUUAGUUUUUAUUUUUAUUUUGUUCUUAAUUUUAGUUUCCAGCUCAGUUUAGUUUCACUUUAGUCUCUAGAGCGGGUUUGCUGGUUUCAGAUUAUUUUUUCUUGUUUGAAAAUGUUUAGUUUGAGUUGAGUUUUUCUUAGUGUCAGUGUUAGUUGGAGUUUUUUUAUUCUCAUGGGGGGUGUUUGUCAGAAAAGGUAUUCCAGUUAAAAGCCAACAUGUUUCCUGUGCAGAACUCAGAUCCUCUCCUCUCCAUGCAGGGGAGAGUGUAAACUGCCAGGCUGAUGAAUAAAGUGACUGCGGCUCGUUUCAGAUCACAUCUUAAAACUUCAUUUUAUACAUUUACUUUGAUUGUUUUGACCAUCAUUAUGUUUCACCCUUUCAUCUUUUAUUAUCAUAGGUUUAGAUUGACUUUGAGGAUAUUUGUCUUUGUCAAAGCUUUUGUGAGCAGAAAU